AAAAAUAAAUAAAUCACAACAGUUUUGGGGAUAUUUUGGGCAUAUUAUACAUUUUAGAAGACUCCUAGUUAGUUUAUUCAUAAUAAGGUUGGGUAUUUCUGGAAUUAACAGUUAAAAUUGGGCUCAAUGAAAAGAGUUGAUCAUAACAAUGCAAGCGUUCCAAAACAAAGAACCGCGCGUUGCGUCACAUUUCGAAUGCGACGCAACGGCACGUUCGGCCAAUCAGUGUGGGGAAACGGGACACAGUGGGCGAGUCUCUCUUCCACAGGGAGCGGUCCACCAAAUUCAAACAGCCACAAGAAACAAAGCAAAGGAUAGUCCGAUUUUAUCAGACUGUGCGGUGUGGAAAAACAAGGAUCUCACUAUGACAUCCACGAUUGUGAGCGGGGUCUGGAGGUCGCAUGCAGUCCUCGAUGAGUCCGAACCUGACAGCUCGCCCGAAGCGCCCCAGCAGUUUAAGAAGAUGCGAUCCUCCAGCUCGUUGAACUCACUGAGAAUGUCUCUGCGCAAGCGGCUGCCAUUGAAACCAGUGCAAUCCAACGUGAACAUCUCCGAGACCCCCACAUGGGAGUCGCUACAGAUGAACCAAAAGACUAGUGCUGUCCACAAAAUGACCCGCAGUGCCAAAAACUCCAUUGGAAGCGUCUAUCAGAGGUUUCAAAGGAACAGACAGUCACGUCAGGAGUGUCUGGUCAUGACACCUGGUAGAAUGUCAGAUGGUGAGGAAUGUGAUUGCAUUGGGACAUCACAAACCCCAAAACGAUCUGCUGCUCGUACUACCAUCACCCCCAGGCGAACUCCAAGGUCAACCAGCAAGCGGACUCCUCGAGGGGCCUGUACCCCAGAAGCCAGUGACUUUGCCGUUAGGACUGUGAAGACCACGGGCACCAGGAGGCAGCUGGUGCGAACGGCUGCACUCAGAAGCCCCUUUGCAUCACCCAACACGAUGAACUGCAGGAGGCAGUUUGAUGAGGAUCUCGAUUGUGUAUCCAAAGGCCUCCAGAGACUGAAGCGUCUCUCUCAAGCCUUUGAUGAUGCAUUUGGGAAAGAUGAUCGGGUCCAGGCCUUGGAGCACUACAAAGCGGUCAUGAACAUGGGCUAUAGCUCCACCAAGAGCAACAUUUCCAGAGGACUGAACAGGGCUUCCAUCCGAAAACGGACCCAGCGCAUCCAGCAGACCGUCAGCAGCUGGACUGAUGUGGCCAUGUCAAACAUCCGCAAAACCUCUUAAAAGAGGCACCUGUUUUCAUUAUGCUACUAAACAUGUAUGUCGUCUUGCGUUUCUCAGUAUAUGCCAGAAGAGGCCUUGUCCAGUAUUUUGAAUGGACCGUUUUCUUAUCUGUCUGUAUCUUCUAAGUGUUUAAAGUAAAGGGCAGCUGAAUAUACUGUAUCACUAUUUGGGAACAUCAUAGAGCAUGAUUUUAGUUAAUGCACAUUCCUGGCUCAGUAUGCUUGACGUAAUGAAGCAUUUAGCAAUUCUGCUGUGAAAAAACACCAAAAGAUGUGAAUACCAAAUGUAAGCAUAUUUGAAAUACAUGUGUGGAGAGGUCAAGGAAUUAGAA